CCAAUUGGGAUUCUCUGUCGCUGCAUCCAUUUUUGUGUAUUUAAGAUAUCUUCAAGAAUUACCAAACCUGGAGGAAAGCGAGGCACCGGAGCAGAGGGACUCAAAAGGGAAACAAACAUUUAUUAUGAGAUGGAAAAGAACUUUUCCAGGACGAUGACAGCGAUGGGUUAGACAGGAUUGAACAGAAUGAUGGCCAAAUAAAAGCAUCGGCGUGUAAAGAUGUCUGCUCCAGCUGGGCUCCGCAGCGGGCCUGUCCUGCCGGAGAUGCCGGACCUGAGCCACCUCACCGAGGAGGAGAGGAAGAUCAUCCUCGGUGUCAUGGACAGGCAGAAGAAAGAGGAGGAGAAGGAGCAGUCUAUGUUGAAGGUCAAAGAAGAUGCAAAGUCUCAGCCAGUCCAGUGGUUUCCCUUUAGCGGAAUCACUGAUCUGGUUAAUAACGUUCUCCAGCCCCCAAAGUCCCAAAACCAACUGCAAACAGAGCCUCCAAAGGAGCCGGAGACGAAAUUGCACCAGCAAUUUGAAAUGUAUAAGGAUCAGGUGAAGAAGAUGGGGGAUGAGACACAGACCACCCAGGAGCAGAAGAGUGACGCUCCCACCUGCGGAAUCUGCCAUAAAACCAAGUUUGCCGACGGCUGUGGCCACCUCUGUUCUUAUUGCCAAACCAAGUUCUGUGCUCGCUGUGGAGGAAGAGUUUCACUACGCUCUAACAAGGAGGAUAAAGUGGUGAUGUGGGUAUGCAACCUGUGCCGAAAACAACAAGAAAUCCUCACCAAGUCAGGGGCCUGGUUCUACAGCGGCCCAGGGGACGCCCUGCCCCCGGGUGCGAGUGACCCUCGCCGCCGCCACGAAGAGGCUCCGCAGGAGAAGAAGGCCAAACUGCAGGAAGCCCCACUGCUGUAUCAGGGGCCUCCAGGGGACCGCAGCCGUGCUCCAGGACUCUCGCGCCAGGCAUCCCUCAACAACGACUCCGGUCUGAAGCCCAACGACUCUCUGAGCAACAGGAAAAGAAGCCCAUCAGCAACCAGGGAUCCAAACCAAAAAUACGACCAAAGGGAGGAGAAGGCGGAGCGUUCGCAGUAUGCCCCAGGGGAGGGCGGCAUGCCACGAUCACCGUCUGACUACGGGGCCGGAGACCGCCAAUGGCGGGGAGGCUACGGCCACUCCUACGAGGACGCAGAGGUAGCGCGAGGGGCGUACCGUGCUCGACGGGGCGGCUGGCACUCUCAGGAAGAGUACCCUCCCGAACCCGGCUUCCUGCCUGAUGGCCCACCCCUCAGCGAGCACGAGCUACAGCGCCAGCGGCAGGAGGAGUACCAGAACCGCUACCGCAGCGACCCGAAUCUGGCCCGAUACCCGGUCAAACCACAACCUUACGAGGAGCAGAUGCGCAUGCACGCCGAGGUCUCGCGCUUCAGGCACGAACGGCGCCACAGCGACGUCUCCUUGGCGUACACAGAGAUGGAGGAGCCCCUGGGGCCCUUGCGGGGUCCCCACUACUCACCAGGUCCCGGACACACCCACUGGAGGUCCAACCACAGUCCCCCAGGUGUGGACUCCCUCCACAGGCAGCAGCUUCUGGAUCCUGCCUCGGCCGUGCGGAAGAGUAAACGAGAGAAGAUGGAGAGCAUGCUGCGGAAUGACUCGCUCAGUUCCGACCAAUCAGAGUCUGUCAGGCCACCGCCGCCCAAACCUCACAAGACCAAGAGGGGCGGCAAAAUGAGGCAGGUGUCUCUGAGCAGCUCCGAGGAAGAAUUGGCCACCACGCCUGAGUACACCAGCUGUGAGGACGUGGAGAUUGAGAGUGAGUCUGUGAGCGAGAAAGGGGACAGUCAAAGGGGAAAAAGACAAACUUUUGAGCAGUCACACACCUUAUCUGAGGGCCAAAAGAAAAUGGUGCGCUUUGGGGGCCACUCUUUGGAAGAAGAUGCUGAGUGGUGUGAACCCCAGGUUAAAGACUCGGGGGUUGAUACGUGCAGUAGCACUACCCUAAACGAGGAGCAUAGCCAUAGUGAGAAGCACCCGGUCACAUGGCAGCCCUCCAAAGACGGAGAUCGACUCAUUGGCAGGAUCCUGCUCAACAAGCGCAUGAAGGACGGCAGCGUUCCUCGCGACUCUGGAGCUCUUCUGGGACUGAAAGUUGUUGGGGGAAAGAUGACAGAGUCUGGGCGACUUUGUGCAUUCAUCACCAAAGUAAGGAAAGGAAGUUUAGCGGAUACAGUUGGGCACCUCAGACCAGGUGAUCAGGUCCUAGAGUGGAACGGCCGACAUUUACAAGGAGCCACAUUUAAAGAAGUUUACAAUAUCAUUUUAGAAUCAAAGCCAGAGCCUCAGGUGGAACUAGUGGUCUCUCGACCCAUUGGAGAUAUCCCCAGGAUACCAGAAAGCACACACGCACAACUGGAGUCCAGUUCAAGUUCGUUUGAGUCACAGAAGAUGGAGCGUCCCUCCAUAUCAGUCACGUCUCCCAUGAGCCCCGGAAUGCUGCGGGAUGCCCCUCAGUACUUAUCGGGACAGCUUACAAGCCAAAGCCUUAGUAGAAGAAUUGAGCCUUUUAACCCUAAAGUUCAGGUCAAACUUUGGUAUGACAAAGUCGGCCAUCAGCUUAUCGUCACCAUAUUGGGUGCAAAGGACCUGCCUUCAAGGGAGGACGGCCGACCACGCAAUCCUUAUGUGAAGAUCUACUUCCUCCCUGACAGAAGUUUGAAUAAUUGUUUCUCCAGUGACAAAAGCAAAAGAAGAACAAAAACGGUAAAGAAAUCACUAGAGCCCAAAUGGAACCAGACCUUUAUGUACUCUCCCGUCCACCGGCGGGAGUUCAGGGAACGCAUGCUGGAGAUCACGCUGUGGGACCAGGCCCGGGUGAGAGAGGAAGAGAGUGAGUUCUUGGGAGAGAUCCUCAUAGAACUGGAAACAGCACUGCUGGAUGAUGAACCGCACUGGUAUAAGCUGCAAACGCAUGACGUCUCAUCGGUACCCCUGCCCAAGAGCUCCCCCUGCCUUCAGAGACGAGCACUGCACGGAGACAGUCCCACACGCAGACUGCAGAGGUCUCAGAGGAUCAGUGACAGUGAGUUCUCAGACUAUGACUGUGAAGAUGGUGUUGGCGUCGUAUCAGACUAUAGAAAUGGCAGGGACCUCCAGAGCUCCACUCUCUCUGUGCCUGAGCAGGUCUUAUCGUCCAAUCAUUGCUCUCGGUCAGCCGACAUCAACCGGGCGCGGUCACGGUCGCCCAGCAUGCCCCCUUCUCAGAGUCAUUUUCUCACCUUACCUCGAACCCGACACAGUCAGCCUCAUGACAGUGAGCUGAAGGAACUCAGGAAUUACGGAGCACCAGACAGGCAUGAGUAUCACCACAGGUCCCGUUCAGCAGACCAGCGGGCCGCAAUGGAGCGUCCCAUGUACAGUCGCUCUCGCUCCACAGAGCGGCCGCCCGACGGCCCCCACAUGAGAUCUUCGAUGCCCUCCCUGCCGUCAGGACACUCCGCGCCACCCUCCCCUGCCUUAUCGAGGGCACAUCCUCGUGGUGGAUCAGUUCAGACCAGCCCCACUGGGACCCCUGUGAACAGCAGGAGAGGACGACAGCUACCACAACUGCCUCCGAAAGGGACGCUGGAAAGAAAAGAUGGAGAUGAAGAACUUGAGCCUUGUCCAGAAGACACGGACUUCCCCCGUCAGACAAACUCAGGUGCUAUGGAUGUUGAGGAACGAACGCGGCAGAUGAAACUGAAGAUGAACAAGUAUAAACAGGGAACAGGCUCGGACUCCAGGCUGGAACAGGACUAUAACAAGCGUUCAGGCAGGGAUCCUCAGCGGGGAGAAAACCUCUCGGCCAAGUCUUCGGACAGUGAUGUCAGCGACGUGUCCGCUGUGUCGAGAACCAGCAGUGCAUCUCGAUUCAGCAGCAUGAGCUACAUCUCUGUCCAAUCAGAACGGCCGCGGGGCAGCCGAAAGAUCAGUGAAUUUACGUCUAAAAUGAAAAACAGGCAAAUAGGAACGGCGGCCGGGGGCACCAUGACCAAGAGCACCAGCAUCGGCGGGGACAUGUGCAGUCUGGAGAAGACUGACGGCAGCCAGUCAGACACGGCCGUGGGCCUGGUGGGAACCGAUGUCAAGAAACGCCGCUCCAGCAUCGGCGCCAAGAUGGCGGCGGUCGUAGGGUUGAGUCGAAAGAGCCGCAGCGCCUCGCAGCUCAGCCAGACAGAAGCAGGAGGAAAGAAGCUGCGCAGCACUAUCCAGAGGAGCACAGAGACGGGUCUGGCCGUAGAGAUGCGAAGCCGGAUGACCCGACAGGCCAGCCGCGAAUCCACUGACGGCAGCAUGAACAGCUACAGCUCUGAGGGAAACCUCAUCUUCCCUGGAGUGAGACUCUCUUCUGACAGUCAGUUCAGUGAUUUUCUGGAUGGACUUGGCCCCGCCCAGCUUGUGGGGAGACAGUCGUUAGCCACGCCCUCUAUGGGUGACAUUCAGAUCGGGAUGGUGGAAAAGAAAGGAGCCCUAGAGGUAGAGGUCAUCCGAGCCAGAGGCCUUGUGGGAAAACCAAGUUCUAAGGCACUGCCAGCCCCUUACGUAAAGGUGUAUCUGCUGGAGAAUGGCGCCUGCAUAGCCAAAAAGAAAACAAAAGUAGCACGAAAAACACUGGACCCUCUUUACCAGCAGCAGCUGUCGUUUGAAGAGUCUCCAGGAGGAAAGGUUUUACAGAUCAUUGUGUGGGGAGACUAUGGACGUAUGGACCACAAAUCUUUCAUGGGAGCCGCUCAGAUACUUUUAGACGAUCUGGACUUGUCCAACAUGGUUAUUGGCUGGUUCAAACUGUUUCCUCCCUCUUCAUUGGUCGACCCAACCUUGGCCCCGUUGACCAGAAGAGCUUCCCAGUCAUCUCUCGACAGCGGGUCCGGGCCGUUCGGUCGCUCGUAGCAGUUUCCUGAAAUAUAGCGUUAUUGUAGCAGCCAAUGGGUGGAGUUUGAGAUUUGCGACAGGUCCCGUCCCCCCGGUAACACUGCAUGCUUGAUGUUGUGUGUUCAGAGCUUGUUUCUUAGGGGUGAAAAAAGCGGUCCUGUUUUUGCUCGCAAAAAAAUGCGGCACACGUCGUGCGCAAAGAGCACCCCCUAGAGGGCAGGGACGAGACGAAGCCGGAAAUGGGCUCCUUAGCUCAUGGAACGUCACAAAUCCUGAUCUUAGAACCUAUUUGAAGCCAUUGGAGUCUGAACUGAGAACUGAAAUGUUGAGUUCUUCAGAAGCCCUUUUUGAAAUGGGGUGAAACGUUCUCUUCGACUUUCAUUUUCCAUUUAUGUUUCUUUUAAUGUUGAUGUAUUUGUAUCUACAUGGGCUAACAGUGUUCCUUGGGUCAAGCCAUGCCAACAGACCCAGAAAUGUACACACAAAACAAGAAUAUGACGUGGGAAUGGUCACCUCACUCCCCAGAUAUGAUUCUGCUAGAUCAAUACAGAGAUGAAAUGUAGGUUUGAAUCAUCUUUUAAGAUCAAAUUGAAUUACUUCUCUUGAAACUGUAUGAAACCUAAAGAAGAAAUAACGAGUUUUUUGUUGCAUGGACACAACUUUAGCUGAACUUAAAAAAAAAAAAAAAAAAAAGUAAAUAGAAAAAAAUUAAUUUUUCUCAAGACUGCUACUUGCAAAAAAAAAGAUGAUGAGAAAAAAAAGAAAAGAAAAAACAAACCGGAUCAGCCAUUUUCAACAAUUUCUAUUAUUUUUAAAGAUAAAUUUCACUAGUGCAUGGUUUUCAUGGGGAGUGAAUGCUACAGUGUGAUUUGAAAAAAACAAACAAAAAAAAAACAUGAAACCUUGUUUUUUUUUUUUUGUCCUGUAGACCGAUCAUUGGUCUCUCUACUGUAUUUUUACAGACAAGCAGUUAAAUGACAAGCUUAACAUUUUCUGUUCAUGUGACAAAGACGUAAAAAAAUAAAUGUCUAUGAUUUGUUAUUGUAAAGGCGUUAGCCUUAUGAAGCUAAAGAUGAUGUGCAAAUUGUACAUGUUUCUCUACUUCUCCCUUGUCCCAGGGUAAACUCUCUGUACUUCUUGCUUCCGUUGUCAGAUUUCCACCCCGAUAUUGUUCCAGUUCUAUUUCAUUUUGAUUUUCAGGGCUGUUCGUUUCCUGCAGCUCUUCUAGUUUUAGUCUGUAUAUUGUUUGAAGUUCAUUCGUUUAACAAGCAUGUUGAAAAGGGUUUUUGGCAACAUGGCUUGGGCACAUCUUACAGUAACUCAGCAUGUUUUGAUAAAGACGAUAUUUGGAGAAAAAAAAUGCAGUUUCUUGUACAGUGCAUGUCGACAACGAUCCUCUCCCCCCCUUCACCCCGAAUUGAAUUUUAGCGAAAAUUAGGCAGUGGUCUCACACGGACCAGAAGGGCAAAAUUCCGAAUGAACAUUCCACCUUGUAAAAUCAUACUUUGUUGACAAAUUUAAGGGAAAAACGUGACCAGGGAUUUUUAUAUCUUUACGGAAAUAUGAGCUGCAGCAUUCCUGACAAAAGAGCCCAAAAUUUCACGAGAUCUUUUUACCGGAGGCGGCUGCAGCUCGCUGACUUUCGCAGUAUUGUGCUGUACAGUUUUCCCAGCAUGAUGCUGUCUGCAGAGAAGUGCACAUCGGGACGAUGAUAUUGCCACACGAUAUACCUUUGGUUUUUAUUUCUUCGUUUCAAGAAAGUAGAAGUCAUUUAAUAUAUUUUUGUUAGUUUAUUUACAAGCCAAGACCUAUUUAUUUUUUAUUUUCUAUUUUUUAGUAAGAAUCAGAGCUUCUUAUAUCUGAGCAGUUUAUGACUCCUAGUUUUAAUGCCUGAAUGGAAAUAUACACUGAGACAUUAUACCUCUUCCUAUGAUAAUUAACUCUACAUUUUUCUGAUUAAUCAAUAAGAUUUUUUUUUAAACUUAUUAAUCAAGCUUUCAGUCUACUUAUGAGUUCUGUGUACGUCUGUCACAGUCUACAGAAUUUUAAUAGAGAUCUCUAUUAAAGCAAACACUCUAAAUGAACGGAAGUGGGAUAAUGUCUCAUGAAGUCAAAGAUAUGUUCUAUUCUAUUUCAAAUGCCUUCUAUUUUGUUUUUUCUGUUCUUUUCUUUUCUUUUUUCUUCUUUUUUUUUUUUUUUUUGGUGCAAUGUGUUCAUGCCAAGGCUAUGUCUUGGUCAAGUAUGGUUGAGUACAGAGAUUUAUGUAAGUUAUUUUUCAAAUUAAAAAAUAAAAAAUGGAUAUUACACUGGAAAA